AUGGCGUCGCCGCAAGGCGGUGGCGACGCGCGAAUCGAGCCCGGCAGACCACUCACGUUCGGCAGCGCGCAACAGCCUUCGGUAGACGGACCGCAUGGCAUGGCGACCCCCACUGCCAUUGGCGACCAUGACCGAACCCCUGUUGGUCCCAACCUCGGCCUCGUCAACAGCCCGGAGGCGGCGCAUCAGGACCAACACGCCAUCCAGCGGCCUUUGGAUGCCGGGACUGGCACCUCAUCUGCAGACGUUACCCGUAACGCCGAAUCCGUCCCGCACCACCCAUCCACCUCCACCUCAGCCUCAGGCCCAUCGCCUGCCCUCGCCCCGCCGCCCCGUCUCCCCCCCAGUCCUUUCCCCGCCGUAUCGCCUCCGCAUCGGAGCCAGUGGUUCAUGGGCCCGGGUGGCUCGCAACCAGAGGCGGCGGAGAACCAACUGGUCAGCACAGCGACACCACCGUGUCCAGAAGAAACCAAUGGCAAUGUCGACGGAGCGGUGACACAACCCUCUUGGCCAUUAGGCGACUCUUUAGCAGGCGGGUCCGAGGCCGACCAUCCGACGACAGUCCCGCAACGCAUCGCCCCCGGCUUCCACAUCGAACACGGGUAUGAUGAUGUCGAGGGCCAUCGCAUACUGCGCCUCAAGCCCACGCCUUCUCAGUGGCAAGACUUUCCGGCGGUUCUGGCUUACGCCAGGACGCUUGGCGUCCAAGGCGAUGGCUGCUUCAAGGUCUCCAUCCCAGACGGCUUGCACGAUCCACUCCCGGAAAAGCCCGUCAAAAAGGUCCCCGCCAACGCCUACAAGGUUAAGCAGAUCAGGAAGACGACCUUUUGGCAGGUUAGCACACUGCCAUCAGACGGCGAGUUCAGCUGGUCGCAGGCUGGUCCCGACUUCUCCGACAGCGUCGACUUGGCCUUCAAGAACCUCAAGCGGCUCUUUCGAAGCAACCGGGACAGGCAGAUGCGGAACGUUCGCUAUAGAGUGGAUGUGCCCGCCUGGACGGCGAGGCAGAGACUCGAGGCGGGCGUGCCGGAGCGGAGCCCCAUCCACCCCCUCAAGGGCGACAAGCUCGACCACACAAAGGCCAUCAUUCCCGGAAUCCACACUCCCUACGUCUACGAGAGUGGCCCACACUUUGGCGCGACGUUCCAGAUCCACGCCGAGGAUUUCCGCCUGGCCUCGCUCAACCAUUUGUACAGGGGCCGCAAGAUCUGGGUCGUCGUUCCCGCCACCGCCGUCGACACGGCCGAAAAGGCCCUCGGCCGUGGUGCGGGCUGCUCACAAUUCAUGCGCCACCGCGCCGAGUUCUUCUUCCCGGACAAGCUCGACAAGCUCGGCAUCCCGUACCGCAUGGUCGACCAACGGCCCGGCGAGACGAUUGUCAUCCUGCCGGACGCCUACCACGAGGGCUUCAGCACGGGAUAUACCAUUGCCGAGGCCAGGAACUACGCCGACGGGUAUUGGAACACGGACUCGUACCAACCGUGCCAAGAGAGCUGCCGGUUGGCGACGGCCAUCCCUGCGGCGUUCAUGAGGCCGCUGGCCGAGGGCGAGGAGAGGCUCGACCUGUGCGCGGCCUAUGGCGACGACGGCCGAAUCGUGCCACUCGAGUGCCUCCAGAAGCGCCCCUUGCUCGACGGACCACCAGCGUGCGGGGAACGUCUGCUUGACGAGGAGGAAAAUGGAGGUGUGAUGAAGGCGUCGAUGGAGGAGAGGGACGCGAAACGAAUCAAGGCGUAA